ACCACCAGAGGGUCUGGCUGCUCAGAAAAGUCUAUCGGAGGUUGGCUUGCUAGCGUUCCGCUAGCGUUCCGUUUCUUCUGCAGAAAUAUACAGAUGCGAGACACCGAUUGCGAUGCUAGCCAGUCGCCUAGGGAAAACAAAUAGGUCUCGCUUACUGCUUUAGGAACACGUUUCAAACAUCUGGAACAUAAGAAAGCCAUGGUGAGAGAACACAACACCUUCAGUAGGGUGUAAAAGGAGAGGAGAGGAGAGCAGAGCUGCGGGAGCACUGGUGGGCCGCCUGGGCUGCCUGCUGCUGCCCCAUAGCUCCCACUCGCCCCCUCCCCGUGCCCCUGCCCCCCCUUCUCCUCCCGACCCCCUGGACAGCCCAGACAUGACCACGGGGGAGUGUUGCCACCUCCCGGGUUCACUCUGCGAGUGCACCGGCAACGCCGCCCUGUCCAAAACCGUGGAGGAGUCCGACAACAACCGCCGGGCCCAGUACGUCACCCAGGUCACGGCCAAAGAUGGCCGCCUCCUGUCCACGGUCAUCAAGGCUCUUGGCACACAGAGCUCGUUCUCGUUCAGCGACGGCCCCAUCUGCCGGAUAUGCCACGAGGGUGGUAACAGCGAGGGCCUGUUGUCCCCUUGCGAUUGCACGGGCACGCUGGGCGCGGUGCACAAGAGCUGCCUGGAGAAGUGGCUCUCCUCCUCCAACACCAGCUACUGCGAGCUCUGCCACACCGAGUUCACCAUUGAACGACGGCCGCGACCCCUCACAGAGUGGUUGCGGGAUCCGGGCCCCCGUAACGAGAAGCGCACACUGUUCUGCGACAUGGUGUGCUUCCUGUUCAUCACGCCGCUGGCCGCCAUCUCCGGCUGGCUGUGUCUGCGCGGCGCCCAGGACCACCUGCACUUCAACAGCCGGCUGGAGGCCGUGGGCCUCAUCGCACUCACCAUCGCCCUCUUCACCAUCUACGUCCUCUGGACCCUGGUGUCAUUCCGCUACCACUGUCAGCUGUACUCCGAAUGGAGACGCACCAAUCAGAAGGUGCGGCUGCUCAUUCCAGACGCCAAGGGGGGCCACUCUACCCAGCAUCCUCUGCUCUCCACCAAGUUGCUGAAGAAGGCGUCGGACGAGACGAUCGUAUGAGAUCCCCGUCCCAUUCCGCUCCUUUUUCCGAGGCCUGGGGCCUAUCUAUGCUAAGAGGCUGGUUCAGGA